AUGUUGGUUUUGUUGAAUGGAAGUGCAAAGGAUCUCUUUGUACCAUCUAGAAGGAUUAGACAAGGUGAUCCUUUAUCACCUUACUUAUUCCUGUUAAGUGCAGAUGGACUUACCAAGUUAAUUAAUAAGGCAACGGUUGAUGGACAUUUUUCUGGGAUUCGAAUGAAUAGAGGGCCAACUGUAUCUCAUUUGCUAUUUGCUAAUGAUUUUUUGGGGUUUUGUAGAGCAAAUGACAUGGAACUAAAUGUUUUGAAACAGUUGCUGAUCAGGUAUGAGAGAUUAAUAGGACAACAAAUCAAUUACUCAAAAUCGUCCAUUAUUUUUAAUGUUAAUGUCCCGGUUGAUGAGAGGGAAGAUUUGAGUAGAAGGUUGGGAGUUGUCGCAGGGGGAAGGUUUGAUAGGCUUCCUGUUGGAGUUUGCAAAAGUUUGAGUAGUAAAGUUAUGCACUUUUGGUGGUCUGGGUCUAAGGAAGGACGGAACUUGUGCUGGUUAAAAUGGGAACAGUUGUGUAUGAAUAAGCAAGAGGGUGGCUUGGGUUUUAGAGAUCUCGAAGCUUUUAAUAUUGCAUUUUUAGCUAAACAAGGAUGGCGGUUAGCAGUAGAGGAUGAAGAGUCAGAGAAAAAUUUGUCAAUUCCAUUAAGUGAAACUACUGUCAAGGAUAAAAAAGUAUGGCACUUCUCAAAUGAUAGAAGUUUUAUGGUGAAGUUUUCAUACAGGGUUGCCCCUGAAUGGUUGCAAAAAGCUAUUAGAUCAUUGGGAUAUGAGAGAAGAAUUGAUGGAUGUGCAGCUGUUAAUGGAUUUUGGGACAAAUUAUGGAAGCUUAAGGUGAAGGAGAAAUUGAAUCACUUUAUUUGGAGGUGUGUCUAUAGGGUUGUCCCAGUUUUGGAAGAUUUAAAGAAGCGUCAAGUUGUGGUAUCUGAUAUUUGUUUGAGCUGUGGUUUAGAUGAUGAAUCUAUUGAGCAUGUGAUGUUGAGAUUCCCUUAUACUGUUAAAGCAUUGGUUGCAACAAACCAGCCGAUCUUUGAUCCUCAGCCUUCACCUGUUGACAGGUAA